AUGUUGAACGCCUCCUGCGUGAAGACCUCAGUGCUGGCAGGACCUCCCAAAUUAGCUUCGAGCAACGAUUGGAAAGUUCGGAACAACUCGUCGCACAGACAACAGUCCCGAGAGCUUGUCUCUGAUUGGUUCUACGUUCGGUGCUUCUUGAGUGCUUCUUUGAAGAAGAUCCGACAGGCGCUCACGCGAGGUGAAUCGAUGCACGCACAGCCAAUAGGAGGGCCUCAAGCGGAGGUCGUCGAAGACGGCUACGAAUUCUUCGCGAAGCGCCAUCUCGUCACUCUGUUCUCGGCCCCUAAUUAUUGCGGAGAGUUCGAUAAUGCAGGUGCUAUGGUAAGCGUAGACGAGACUCUACUGUGCUCCUUCCAGAUAUUGAAACCGGCCGGAAGAAAGCCAAAUACGCCAAAUACCCUUACGGCGGUAUGA